AUGGCAGAAAUCUUCCGUCGUUUCUUCGCUCCGAAGAAAAAGGUCUUAACACGAAAAGAUUCCGUAACUGGUCGAAAUAAGACAUUUCCAGUUCCAUACUUAUCACGUUUGGAAGGAAACCAAUUACAAGCCGGCCAAUCAUUAGUUGUCCGUGGAUAUGUAACAGGGAACGACGAGUUCUUAAUAAACUUAACAUCCGGCCCUUGUGUUGAAAUUGAAAACGAUAAUGACCAACUGGAUAAUCGUCUCCUCAGCUUCCGAGCCAAUAUUUCAAAGAAAAAAUUGUUUCUAAACGGCUGCGUUAAUGGCGAAUGGGGAAAAGAAGUUGCUUUCCGACACAGAUGGAAAGAAGGCGAUGAGUUCGAUAUUCGCAUCCGAUGUGCUGAGGAUGUCUUUACCGUCUAUGUUGAACACAAACUCAUUGCAACUUUCGCUCAUUAUCUGCCAAUCAACAACAUCUCUCACAUCUACGUGAAUGGAGAUAUCCAGUUGUAUACUGUAGCAUGGGAAGGCAAAUUUUAUCAAGUGCCUUAUACAGCUGAAAUACCUGGAAAUCUAUUCUGUGGAAGGAAACUAUACAUCUCAGGAACAGUUAUCAAGACAGCCAAGCAAUUCACCAUUGACUUCAUGUCUGGCAAUGAUGUCGCUUUCCGUUUGAAUCCAAAUUUCAAGGAUAAGAAAAUCUAUCGGAAUUCUCGAAUCGAGAACAAAUGGGGGACAGAGGAGAAACUCGGCGAUGGCAUGAAGUUCCCAAUGCAAAAGAAGAAAACGUUUGACCUAUUGAUUUUCGUGGAAGAUCAAAAGUUUACUGUUCUGGUAAACGACUGCUACUAUUGUUCGUUCGAACAUCGAUUACCCGUCCACACAAUCAAUAAGCUCACCGUAGAAGGUGACGUUGAAGUUUUUGGUGUCCACAUCAAGUAG